GCUCCCGAACGCCGCUGGCCGACGCCGGGGUGGCGGGGUGCCGCUGGCGGAAACGGAAGUGACGACAGAAGCGGUGGGCGGAGACCCAAGAUGGCGGCUGUGGUGGUCGCGGCGACACGCUUGCUGCGUGGGUCUGGUGCUUGGGGUCGCUCGCGGCUGAGGUUUGGACCUCCUGCAUGCAGACAGUUUAGUAGUGGUGGUGCCUACCCCAACAUUCCCCUCUCUUCUCCCCUACCUGGAGUACCCAAGCCUAUUUUUGCUACAGUCGAUGGACAGGAAAAGUUUGAAACCAGAGUUACCACUCUGGAUAAUGGGCUUCGCGUGGCAUCUCAAAAUAAGUUUGGACAAUUUUGUACAGUAGGAAUUCUUAUUAAUUCAGGAUCAAGAUAUGAAGCGAAAUAUCUUAGUGGAAUUGCUCACUUUUUGGAAAAAUUGGCAUUUUCGUCUACUGCUCGAUUUGACAGCAAAGAUGAAAUUCUGCUUACCUUGGAGAAGCAUGGGGGCAUUUGUGACUGCCAGACAUCAAGAGACACCACCAUGUAUGCUGUGUCUGCUGACAGCAAAGGCUUGGACACGGUGGUUGGCUUACUGGCCGAUGUGGUCCUGCAGCCCCGGCUAACAGAUGAGGAAAUCGAGAUGACGCGGAUGGCUGUCCAGUUCGAGCUGGAGGACCUUAACAUGCGGCCUGACCCGGAGCCACUUCUCACCGAAAUGAUUCAUGAAGCAGCUUACAAGGAGAACACCGUUGGCCUCCACCGUUUCUGCCCCCCAGAAAACAUAGCAAAGAUCAACCGAGAUGUGCUCCACUCCUACCUGAGGACCUACUAUACCCCUGACCGCAUGGUGCUGGCUGGUGUGGGUGUCGAGCAUGAGCACCUGGUAGACUGUGCCAGGAAGUACCUCCUAGGAGUCCGGCCGGCCUGGGGUAGCACGGAAGCUGUGAAUGUUGAUAGAUCAGUAGCACAGUACACUGGGGGCAUUGUCAAGCUGGAAAGAGACAUGUCCAGCGUCAGCCUGGGCCCCACCCCGAUCCCUGAGCUCACACACAUCAUGGUUGGCCUGGAGAGCUGCUCCUUCCUGGAGGAGGACUUCAUCCCCUUCGCCGUGCUCAACAUGAUGAUGGGUGGCGGUGGCUCCUUCUCAGCUGGUGGGCCCGGCAAGGGCAUGUUUUCCCGGCUCUAUCUCAAUGUGCUCAACAGGCACCACUGGAUGUAUAAUGCAACCUCCUACCACCACAGCUACGAGGACACAGGCCUAUUGUGCAUUCACGCCAGCGCUGACCCAAGACAGGUCCGAGAAAUGGUGGAAAUCAUCACAAAGGAGUUCAUUUUAAUGGGUGGAGCUGUGGAUUCGGUGGAGCUGGAGCGAGCCAAGACGCAGUUGAUGUCCAUGCUCAUGAUGAACCUGGAGUCCCGGCCUGUGAUCUUUGAGGACGUGGGAAGGCAGGUGCUGGCCACCCGCUCCAGAAAGCUGCCGCAUGAGCUGUGCGCACUCAUUCGCGACGUGAAGCCAGACGACGUCAAGAGAGUCGCUUCUGGAAUGCUUCGGGGGAGGCCAGCGGUGGCUGCGCUGGGCGAUUUGGCUGACCUGCCCACCUACGAGCACAUCCAGGCGGCACUGUCCAGUAAGGACGGGCGCCUGCCCAGGACAUACCGGCUUUUCCGGUAGAGGCCCUGCCACCUGUCUGGACCCGAAAGCCAUGGAUGGAAUCUGUUUCUACACGUGUUACUUUGUGGAUUUAGUCUAAAAAGAUGUCUGGUGCUGUCAACAGGGAGAGCAGACCCUGGACUCGCCUCGUAACCUGGAUGAAUAAUGUUGCCUGAGCACCCCCACGGCUUCGCUCCUUCAGGAUCGAAUGUGCCAGUCAGUGGAAUAAAUAGUUCCCUUCACACUCCGGCCUAGAGACCAGGCAAAGUGCAGAGAGAGGAAACACAGCCUGCUGUAAUGAAACCGGGCUGCUGUGUCCCCUUAGGAUUCUCAGCACGUGGAGGCCUGUGGGCUCCUUGAGUCGGUGGUCACAAAGUGGCAAGCCCACGUGAGGAUCUGGUGGAGCCUCCUGGCUUCCUGAGAGGCCUGUGCUGCUCACCUCAGCGGCCAUGUUUGUGUGAUGGUCAUGCAGUGCCUGGCACGGGGCUUAGCACUCACCUCCGGCAAACAAGGCAGGAGAGCACGCAGUCUGCUUUGUGGGUCGUGGUCCACACGUAUACACCUGCUAUCGCUAAUAUUUCAUGGUCCCCACGUAUGCUCACCUGCCAUCACUAAGAUGGGGGUAUCUUUCUUACUGUGUUUUUCUUCUCCCCCUGAUAAGGGGUUUGUUAAAGGCCUGUCUUAACUAGCAACUUUCCUAAAAUAGAGACCUUUCUCUCUUUGGAUCAUCCAAUUUGACCCUUA